AUGGAACAUAGCGAGGAGCAACGUGGCUUUGAUAGAAGACGCGGGAGACCAGUGGGAAGAGGCAGAGUUCCACUUUCAGCCGAAGAGAGGCGCGCGCGCAACGCACAGUAUGAAAGAGAACGACGCGUCGAAACGGCCGAAGCUAUGUCAAGCUUAGCAGCCGCUUUAGGAUGUCUACCCAAUGCAUCGAACGCAGAUAUCAUAGCCACAGCCAUUCAGAAACUACGGAAGAUGCAAGAAAAUGUAGACCCGUCCGACGAUAUGACAGUUAUGAAACGACGCAACGCAAACUUAAUGGCACAAAUCGAUGACGUAGAAUACCGGCUCGAGUCUGGAAAUAGCGCCGAAGCCCAACCAACAAGGCAAAUAAAAACCGGCAUCAAGAAAAGAAACAAAACCAAUAAGGACAAGAAGAACGCGAAAACUGUUCGACGUCCGGCCAAUAGGUCUGCACAAAUCGACUUUGCUAUUAUUGGAGAUCACUCCAGCGACGAUGACGAGGAGGUGCCGAUGACUGAUGCUGCAGCAGAGGAUCAAAUGAAUUCUCUUUCAUUUGAUGCCAUUACGGACUGCCCAAUGGAUUGGGGUAUUGAUAACUGUAUAGCUGAUUACAUGCUUUAG